AUGCCGUCAAUUCUUCAGGUCUCCAAUAUCCUCCAUUACAGCUGCUCUUCAGUAGCUGUAGUGUUUGUUUCGGUCGUUACUAUCCUCAACGCUGCUCGUACCACUGGAAAAACAACUACCCCACGGAAUUAUGACCGUAUUGCUAUUGCGCUUUUGAUCUUGGGGUACUUGGCUGAGGGUAUAGCGACGUUUGUGCAGGAGAGUCAGCAGAGUAAAGAGCCUGAGACGAUACAUCUUGUUGUUCUUGGUUCUCUCUGGGCGUUUAUCUGGAGUCAGCGAGCUGCACCACGGUUGUUAGUCCUCGGAACAUCGCUCAUCACUCUUGCCUUCGAGAUUCCGCUGCAGAUAUUCUCUGCUCUCAACAGCCAGAAUGAUAUCUAUCAUAUUAUACAACUCGCCUCUCAAACCUUCAGACUUCUACCUCUUCUUUUCCUCAUGAUCUACCAUCUCUCCAACAGUGGCAGAUUCUACACCCCCGACUCAGAAGCAGAAGAGUCGCAGCCCUUUCUUCAAUCAAACGGCCAUGCAAACGGCAGAGCAUGCCCAAGCUAUGGGACGGAGACAUCAUCAGACACGGAGGUCGAUGAUGAUGAGUACAUCUCGGGCAGCGAAACAGAGGAAGACGUAAUCGACAUCAAACGCCAACGCGCAAAGAAACUUAAGGAGAAGGGUGGUUGGCUAGGCUACCUUUCUGACUUUUCUAUCUUCCUCCCCUUCUUGAUCCCCAAGAAAGACCGCAAAGUCCAACUCUGCAUUUUGAUCUCUCUGUUCUGUAUCCUUGCUACUAGAGUCUUCAACAUCCUCGUUCCUCGUCAACUAGGCAUUGUGGCCGACCAACUCCUCGCUAAGCAGAAUCCCUUCCACGCUUUGUUCAUCUGGCUUAUCAUGAGCCUUGCUUCUCACGACGUUGUAGUCGGACUCAUUGAGUCACUGGCCAAGAUCCCGAUUAAGCAAUAUUCAUACCGUUCUCUCACGAACGCAGCCUUUAACCACGUUCUGUCGCUGCCUAUGGAGUUUCACUCCGAGCGUGACUCGGCGGAGGUUAUGAAAGCCAUUGAGCAGGGUGAAGCAUUAACCAAUGUGCUUGACAUGCUCAUAAUUGAGAUUCUCCCCACUGUCAUCGACUUGGCUAUCGCUUUUGUCUUUCUGUACUGGAAGUUCAACAGCUACGUCGCUCUCGCUAUGGCCAUUGGCUCAGUCCUCUUCGUUACCUUCGAAGUCAAAGCCACAGGCUGGAAUCUCGAUAACCGACGAGAGUCUACAAAGUCCAAGAGAGAAGAAGUUCGUGUUAUGCAUCAGGCUGUUCAGGGCUGGCAGACGGUCACUUACUUCAACAUGUUCAACUAUGAGAAGUAUCGCUUCGGAUCUGCGGUGAACAAGCAGCUAUCUGCUGGUCUGAAUUUCGAGAAGACGGAUGCGUACAUCCAGCUGUUACUCAACGCUCUUAUUCCCUGCACUUUCUUCACACUCGCGACUCUUGUUAUUUAUGAUGUUUGGCACGGCGCAUCAUCGCCUGGCGACUUUGUCUUCUUCAUUCAGUACUGGGAGUACUUGGUCUGGCCAUUGAAGUUCCUGUCUCAUAGUUACAGACAACUCAUGUCAGACCUGGUCGAUGCUGAACGUCUACUUUAUCUGCUGCAGACGAAGCCCACUAUCACUGAUAAGGAGGGUGCUAAGGAUUUGGAGAAGGUCGAGGGACGUGUUGCAUUCCAUGAUGUUUGCUUCUCUUAUGAUCCUCGAAAACCCACUGUCCAGGACCUUUCUCUGUCAGUUGAACCUGGACAGACUAUUGCUUUGGUUGGUGAGACAGGAGCUGGCAAGUCUUCUAUCAUGAAGCUGCUGCUUCGAUUCUAUGAUAUCGAUGAGGGGUCCAUUACAAUUGACGGUUAUGAUAUUCGGGACAUCACCCUCAGCUCACUGAGGAAUGCUCUUGGUGUCGUUCCUCAGGAUCCUCUUCUCUUCAACGCAUCGAUCCUUGAAAACAUGCGGUACGCUCGACCUUCCGCAACAGACGAGGAGAUUUACGCUGCUUGUCGCUCUGCAGCCAUCCACGACAAAAUUCUCAGCUUCGUUGAUGGAUACAACACUGAGGUUGGAGAGCAGGGUGUCAAGCUGUCAGGAGGAGAGAUUCAGAGACUAGCAAUCGCUCGAGUAUUCCUCAAAAAUCCCCCAAUCUUGAUUCUCGAUGAGGCUACAAGUGCAGUUGACACGAAUACAGAGUCAAGUAUUCAGGGUGCUUUGGAUGAGUUGAAGCGUGCAAGGUCGACGUUCAUCAUUGCUCAUCGACUAUCUACGAUUGUUAGCGCAGACAAGAUCUUGGUUAUUCACAAUGGACAGGUCGUCGAGUCUGGCACACACGCGGAGUUGAUCUCAAUAGACGGAAGGUACAAGGAGUUAUGGAACAAACAGGUUGGUAACAAGUAG